AUUUUUUUCGAAGAUAAGCUUAUGAUUUACUUUUUUGCUAUAUGCUUAUCAGGUUGAUGGAGCGCGAUGAGGAGCGUUGGAAAAAGUUCAAAGAAGAUCAAAGGAAACGUUUACGAGAUAUUGAAGAACAGAGUGUCCCGGAGAUGACAGAUUUGGAAAUUUUGGCUGGCAAACGCAGGAUUAAGUUGCAAGGUGGAAGCGGACAAGAUGUAUUCAAGAGCUACUCACAUUUGGUUGGUGAUCAUAACCCAUUGACACUUGUGCCUGUAAUGUCUGAAACUUCGGAAAAGACGGCGUCUGAAAUUAGCAAGAAAUUGGACCAACACACCCAAAAACCAAGGGCAAGAUACAAAGCACAAGUAUUAAAUAAAAAGGCUGCUGAAAAGGACGAUUUGAAUUUGGACACAAGUUUGUCAACCUCUGAGGCUUUAAGAAAGAUUGAGGCUGAAGCUAGGGAGAAACGGGACGAACGCAACAAGAAACGAAGGGCGAAAUACAAAGCACAAAAAAAGGCUGCCGAAAACGAUUUGAAUUUGGACACAAGUUUGUCAAACUCUGAGGCUUUAAGAAAGAUUGAGGCUGAAGCUAGGGAGAAACGGGAUGAACGCAACAACAAACGAAGGGAGAAAUACAAAGCACAAAAAGAGGCUUGCAAAAAGGAUGGUUUGAAUAUGGACUUUGAAGCUAGGGAGAAACGGGAUCAACUCAACCAGAAACGAAGGGCCAGAUACAAAGCACAGAAAGAGGCCACUUUGAAAAAGAUUGAGUUAGAAGCUAAGGAGAAACAUGAUCACCUCAACCAGAAGCGAUUGGAAGUGAAGAAGAAGAAAAGGCGUUCACGAUACCAAAAUGGUGAUGCCGAGAAAAGAGAAGAACGUAGGAACAAACGACAACAGGUGUAUCGCAAUGAAAAUGAAGAACAAAAUAUGAAAUGUGAUGCUUCUAAAGUAAUUGUCAGGACUCCUGAAAAGUUUGCAGCUUUACCGACAUUGAGUAAAAGGAUGAGGAGCAAGAUAAAAUUAAACAAGGAAAAAUUCGCAUCGAGCAAUUCAAUACUUGAUAUAGGAUGUGCCGAUAAAAUCUGUUGUCACUGUGGGGCUUUGAUGUGGAGGUUUGAGCAAACAGAGAAGGAAUGCCAGUUGAAAUCAGAUAAGUUUUCUUUGUGUUGUGGCAAUGGAAAGGUACGCUUGCCACUAUUACGAGAGACUCCCUUUGAGAUGAAAACAUUACUAGAUCGGAGUAAUCCUAAAAGAACUAUAUUCCAAAAUAACAUCCGGAUGUACAACAACGCAUUCGGGUCAAAUGUUUUGAGAUAAGCUUAGAGUU